UCGUCUAAUGGGAAGCUGUGUAAAGCAUCGUUGAAGAUCCGACCUUUAAAAAGAAGUAAUUCGGCGUCCGGCGAAGCGGCUCACAAUAGCUCGCCAAUAACGACGGCCACAACUACGUCGACGACGACAAAAACAUCAGCGGCAACGACGACUCUGUCAGCAUCGCAUAAUCAGUUACGUUCGCGUCUGGGAUGUCGGAGCGUGCAGACGAAUACCGCGACUCAACAGCAAUCCCUGUACUAUCGUCAUCGUACUCGAUCAGUUUCGCCGAAAAGAUCUUUCAGUCAGCCGCUCGCGCAGCAGCUACACUACAAGUUACAACAGACUUGGGAGAUGUCUUAUAGCGAUGGCGGUGGAAGUGGACGUUCAUCUAGAAAAAGUAGCAAAUCACCUAAAAAACUACGGGUGACAAAGGCUGAAAAUAGUGAUAAAGUAGUGACUAGUGUUUACAAUCAUCUUCAUCAUCAUCGCCAUGGUCAUCGUAGUUUGGAGGAUCAGCAGCAGUCUUCUUCAGUGCACAAGAAAAAUCUCUACAUUGUUUCUUUUCCUCUGAUACUUUUGUUCAAUGUGCUUAGGACUAUUAUUUAUCAAUUGUAUGUGAUUUUCAAGUAUAUUUAUGCCUCUACAUCACACUUGGUUCAAAAAAAGCAAAACAAGAAUGCUUGCCAAUUAGAGAUCAUUCUCGAUCCAGAAGCAGUCAUAAACGAUAAUAAAAGUGAUAGUGACGACAUGUCGCAAACAACAAGAAAACCUGGACCUGGUCCGGGAGAUCCAUUAUUAGCUAAGCAGAAACAUCAUCACAGAAGAGCCUUUGAAUACAUUAGCAAGGCUCUUAAAAUUGAUGAAGAAAAUGAAGGGCAUAAGGAAAUGGCCAUUGACUUGUACAAAAAAGGCAUCGACGAAUUAGAGAAGGGUAUUGCCGUCGAGUGCAACGGAGGUCGCGGCGAAGUUUGGGAAAGAGCGCAGCGAUUGAACGACAAAAUGAGAACUAACUUAACAAUGGCCAAAGACAGACUGGACUUUCUCACGAGCUUGUACGAGCUGAAAAGUCUGGAUAUCAAACAACUGUCGGCAGCGGAGAAGAGCAAGGACAACCAAGCGGAAGGACAAUCGGCGUCAAAGCAAACGAGGAGCGGACCUAAUCGUCAACGCGUAGCUGCUGCAGUUACUACUACUACCACCACUAACAAUGCUUCCACGAGUCGAUUGACAAACGCCCGCGGCAGAGCACCGAGUAGUACGUACAACAAGAACAAUACACAUCAGCUUCACAAACCCAUGCAGAUUUACGGAGCGUCGGGUGGAGGUGGUGCUGGUACAACGUCAACGAGCUCGAGUGGCGCGGCUAAUCAAACUAAGACCGCGACUAAGAAUAAUAUUAAGCGCAUAGUUGCGAGUACUAAAGCUACCACUGCUACCACUAAUAAUAACGCUCGAUCCAGCGAAGCCUCUGGUCGAAAAUUCCCUGUGGCGGGCAGCGGCACCUGCAACAGCAACAACAAUCGACGUCUAGCGACCGCCACAACGGCGAUCGGCAGCGGCGGUAAUGGCAGCAAGAGUCAAACCCUGCCGCGCAACAUGGGUCGGUCCGCGUCCGUUUUGCCGAUUCAUCACCGAUCGUCCAACGCCAAACCGGCCCUGACACCGCCGGCCGUAAAGAGGCAGCUCUCGGUGCCCGGAAACGAGACGUCCGCAAGCGGCGGUGGCACUGGGACGACCUCGACGGCGUCACCGAUGCGGCGCAGACCCACCACACCCACGGCCAGUAACAAGGGCACGCCGGUGAAAAAAAUCGUGCCACAGCUCAAGGGUGUGGAGCCGAAAUUGGCGCAACUGAUACUAGACGAAAUCGUCGAGGGUGGACCGCCCGUCCUGUGGGACGAUAUAGCCGGUCAAGAGACAGCCAAACAGGCGCUUCAAGAAAUGAUAAUUCUACCCUCGCUGCGACCGGAACUGUUUACGGGCCUUCGCACACCAGCUCGGGGAUUGCUGCUGUUUGGACCACCGGGAAAUGGCAAAACACUGCUGGCCCGAGCCGUGGCCACGCAAUGUAACGCCACUUUCUUCUCGAUAUCCGCAGCGAGUCUCACCUCAAAAUACGUGGGAGAAGGCGAAAAACUGGUUCGGGCUCUGUUCGCCUGCGCCCGAGAACUUCAACCAUCAGUCAUUUUCGUGGACGAAGUCGACUCGCUGCUGAGCGAGCGCAAAGACAACGAGCACGAGGCGUCGCGACGGCUGAAGACAGAAUUUUUAGUCGAGUUCGACGGCCUUCCGUGUAAUCCGGAAGAAAGAAUUCUCGUGAUGGCCGCGACGAAUAGGCCCCAAGAAUUGGAUGAAGCUGCGUUGAGGCGAUUUACUAAACGAGUAUACGUUACGUUGCCAGAUUUUCAGACACGAAUUAUAUUGCUCAAACGAUUGUUAGAGAAGCACAACGACCCUCUCAAUGAAGAUGAACUUAAGCAAUUAUCUUUAUUGACCGAGGGUUAUUCUGGCAGCGAUCUUACUGGCUUGGCGAAAGACGCCGCUCUGGGCCCUAUAAGAGAACUCGACAUGGAACAAGUAAAAGAUUUAUCUCUGAAUUCCAUAAGGAAUAUCACAUUGCAAGACUUCCUCGACUCGUUGAAAAGAGUACGAAAAUCCGUCUCGCCCGGCAGUCUGGCAGCCUACGAAAAAUGGAGUCUCGAUUACGGUGACGUAAGCCUUUAAGAUUUAAAACUGUAAUUAAAAACUGAAGAUGAUUCAAUUACAAUUUUUAUUGGUAAUAUUUGAUAAAACAUUAGUUGUCUUAAUCGUAUUGCUGCUGGUCGGAAUACCCUGAAAAAAAAACAGAUAUUUUACCAUUUUCGUGGUAUCCUCUCAACAUUGUUACAAAAUUGACUCAGGAAGGUGAUUUUAAAUACUUCAUGUGCCUGUCUCUAAAUGUAAAAUAACAUUUAUAAGAGGUGCAUAGAAUUUUUCUCAUUGUCUAAUCUGUAAGUUAUUUGAUGAAACGGAAAAAAAUUUGUUAAUUUUUUAAUUAUAUGGAAGCAGCAAUUUAUGAUUGGAUAUUGAAUAUGAAAAUGCCUUUCCGGACUAACACAGGUCACACGCAUUGAAAAGAAAGCGUCAUGUGUAGUAAAAAACCGCAGCGUAUUGUACUUGCUUUGAUACAAAAAUAUGUCUUAAAAUACUGUGCAUGGUUCUACGAAACAACGAAACGGUAGUGUGCAAAGUAAAUGAAAGAACAAAAGCGCAAUGUUUUACUAGGUAUUUUUUAUCCUAUACAUACGAUGAUUAACAAGUCGUUGUUAUAUUGUACAUGAUAAUUGCAAACGGUUUCAACUAACCGUGUUGAAACUUUUUAAUGCAAAGUUAAAGGGUAUUAAAGCGAUCGAUGAAAAGUGAAUUUCAGGUGAUCUUAAUUGUAGAUUAUUUUUAUAAUUAUUGUCGUUACAUUAACUAGUCUUUGAAAUCUACGUAUCGUUCAAAUCUCUGAUUUGGACAUUUUAACUUCAUUAGAUGGUCUUUUUGUUGUUCUUCUUUUACAUAACAUACCAGUGAAAUACUUGUAGUAAAUGUUAAUAUCAAAUAUACAUAUCAUUUACAGAUAAUAUGCUUUUUCACGCGUAUUCAAUAUUGUUUGAUGAAUUAAUCUGCAUUUAUUAAUAGAAGCAUUUUACUUAUAAGGAAAAAUGUCCAAAUCAGUCAUGUUAUAUUAAAUAAAGCCCGCAUUCCUAAGUAAUAUUUAGAAUAGUAUUUAAUGAGUGUGUUAUAUUAUUGUUAAUUUUACAGAUGAUAUAUUCAAAUUCUAGUAUGAGAAUAAGUUUUGCCAAACUAUGGUGCGUACUUAGUUGCCACAACUUUUCACUCACUUAUUAAUUCACGUACUAAGUGUACUUUCCAAAGGUACUGUAUGAACCACGCGAAAAAUUAAUUGUCUUUUCAGCUCUCUAAUUUUCCUCUAGUGGUUAUCGUGUAUGUAUCUUGAGUUAAAAAAAAUUAAUGGAAUUAAAUAGUGUUAUGUCAAAAUUGUUAGGUUUUCUUCAUGUCACGACGUCUAAUUCGCAUGUUGUGAUAAGUGGAUUAUAAAUGUGAAUUCGAUGUCCUAGUCCAUACUAUUUGAUUGUACGUUUUUUAAAUGUAAAAUUGUCUGUUAAUAGUUGAAAAUAUUAAAUGAUUUAUCAUGCUUCGUCUUUUACCUAUUGGAAUAAGUUCAUCGCUUAUAAACAGAAAAAUAAGCAAAUAAAAGUGAAGUACAAACCAUCCGAAUAAAUAACAAAAUGAGGCCAAUAAUCGCUAAAACGCGUUUCUUCUUUUGUAUAUUUUUGAGGAUCUCUUAUCCAGCGAUUAGAGGCUCAAGUUUGAUUUAAUGUUGCCAAAUAUACAUGCAACGGGACUGCUUUAAUUUAUUUUGUAAAUUUUGUAUCACUGGCUAUACGCGCAUAAACAAAUCCACGCAAUUCCGAUGAACGGAAUUGCCUGCAACAAUUUUUUACAUUUACAUGGUACACGGGAAAUAAAUGAAAAAUAAUCAAAUUCUAACCGAAAUAAAUUAAAAUUGUGAACAACAUAAUUAUUAAUAUUGAUACUGGAGUCGGAAAUGAGUAAUAGACCUGCCUUCUAAUCAUAAAUGAAAAACAGUUUUGCUGCCUUGUCACAAUUAUUUUGCUACUUUUGUAAGUAUGAAAAAAUCAGAUUUCAAUCACUAAAGUAAAAAUAAAUAAGUGCAUUAUAAAAUACAUUAACUGCAAGGCAUAAUUAAAAAAUGAAUAUUAUCGUUUAACGUAAGACGAAGCAAUAUGAUAAUCUGUAACUUCCACUUAUUUAUGAUUACAUACUAUCAAAAAUAAAAUACAAUUGUCUUGUAACAUUGUUCGUAAAUUAAUUUAAAAAUUAUAAUUAGAUAAGAAAAGUUACAAAUUUAUUUUGUAAAAUUAUCAGAAGCAAAUAAAGGUGCAAGAAACAAGUAA